CUUUUUUUGCCGACAGUCUUUGGUUGGCCUUCCUCCCCCUCCCCCAAUACGUACGUCACAUUUCGCCAUCCUUUCUUUCGUUGCCGAUGCAGCACUCGACUUCGACAGAGGAUCUGAGUCUGGACUUUAUGCCCACCAACAACUCGGCCUCAUCAUCGUGGUCAGCCUCUCUCAAUGCGCAUAAUCCCCAACGCAACUCAAACAGUUCUUCGAAUUCCACCAUACCACAUAUGAUUGCCGCCAAUGCAGCCAAUGUUGCAACCCGUUCAACCAACCAAACCUCUCGCACUGUCAGGUCUCAUUGGGUUCGAUAUACCAGUGAGAAUUGGCGACAUAUUUCACGAACAAGCAAACUCAUGCUCAUAUUUUCCAUAACCUCGGUCAUCGUCCAAUUUUGCGCUGUGGUUGUGGUAUUGAUUAUAUCCAGGAAUCAAUAUUGCGAUAAACCCCUCGAGAUGAUUCUUAUCGUGUAUAUACUUCGUUUGAUAUUAUCAACACCAUUAAGUGUUUACCAACAUUUGAAUCCGACCUAUCGUCGGCGUACAUCCCCUCCUCAAAACAACCUAGAAAUGGGAUCAUCAACCACACAGCAGCAACGACAUUAUCCUUCACAACCCCAUAUCCAAGCGAAUGCGCCGCAGAGAACAGCACGCCAUAAUACCUUGGCAGGCUGGAUAGAUAGAGCCAAAUCAGCUCUUGAUCUAUUUUCGAUUUUGUGGUUUAUCAUUAUGAACUGGCUCUUGUUCAGCAGUUCUACAUGCAGCUCGACAGCUCCUUCAUUAUAUUACCUGACCCUUAUUUUCAUCGUCUUUGGCUACAUUAUCAUCACCAUUCCUAUUAUAUUAUGCGCAGCAGUGAUAUUUUGUCUACCUUGCGUCUUAGUGGGAAUGCGUGUGUUACGUGUGGGAGAAGUGGUGGGAAUGGGCGGAGCAUCGACAGAAGACAUCAAAAACAUACCAGUGAAGCGGUUUCGAUCUCGUGCGGCCGUGGUUCCAGUGGAUAACCCAAUCGAUGAUAACAGCAUCACGGUGGCUCCAUCUGUACCGGCCCCUAUUGUACAGCCUCAGCAUCAGCAAGAAACCGCUACCCAACUGGCCACCAAAGUAGGCAUUUUUACUAAAUUUAUGAUGAAAACGCGACCCAAAGGCAAGGACCAGCAGCCUCAAGAUAUUCGAUUCUAUGAGCCUUUCGAGAUACCCAAUAGCGAGGAUGCUAUGUGUGCCAUUUGUCUGUCAGCCUAUGAAGAUGACGAGUUGGUUUGCCAUUUAUGGUGUGGCCAUCAUUUUCAUAAAGGUUGUGUACAUGAAUGGUUGGGACUCAAUAGACUAUGUCCUCUAUGCAAACGUGAUGUUCGGGGCAAAGACUUUGAUGAGCAAGACAACUAGAAUACAUCAUAAAUAUAAAGCCUCCCCUCUGAUCUGACUUUUUCAACCUCCUCCAACCAAACCAUACCGAAACGU